AUACACGAUGCUCGAAUUCCAUUCUCAGGACGAACACCCUUGUUCAAAGACAUGAUGAAAAUGAAAGCACACGUUCUUCUUCUUAAUAAAUGCGAUGUGGCAGACAUGAGUCGAAGGAGGGACAUUGUAAAUAGAUUAAAAGAAGGAGGUGUCGAUAAAGUUUUGUUUACCAAUUUAACAUCUGAAAAGUCAAAAGUUAUUAACCAAGAAUUAUUUCCACUAGUUGUUGAGGCAAUACACAGUGCGCCACGAUUUAACAGAGAGACAGCGGAGGCCUAUGAAAUGGCAGUGAUAGGUGUUCCAAAUGUCGGGAAAUCAACUUUUAUUAAUUAUGUCAGACGAUCGCAUACAACAUUAAAGAAAAGACCUUUACGAGUGGGAGCCGUAGCCGGGGUAACAAGAUCCCUGUCAGGAAAGAUCCGUGCGAACUUUGACCCUCCCGUUUACUUGACCGACACACCUGGAAUUCUCACACCGCAGGUGUCGAGUGUAGAGGAGGGAAUGAAGCUAGCGCUGUGUGGGUGCUUACCGGACCACAUCGUGGGGGAGGAUUUAAUCGUAGAUUUCAUGCUGUUCUGGUUCAAUAAGCACAGUGACUUUCGGUACAUGGAACAGUUUCAUUUAUCAGAGCCUACAGAUGACGUUCAAUUCUUUUUAAACCAUAUUGCGAAGGAAAAUAAAUUUAUCAAAAGAUUGAAAUCUGUGGAUAGCAGAGAUUACAACUAUUUCCCAGAUUAUUUGGCAGCUGCAAGACUCGUGUUAAAACAAUUCAGAGACGGAGCUAUUGGGCCAAUGUUAUUGGAAGAUUUAUAACUCAUACCGUCUUAAUGUUGAUUCUGUUAAUGAUUUCUCUUAGAAUAUUA